GAUGGCGAGAAUGCUCGCUGUGCGACACCAUUAUCGAAACAAUAUAUAACCGCUUUCGAAAAAGGGAUUUUGACUUCUGAAUAUGAAGAGGCUAAAGCUGCAUUAAAAAUGAAUGCAACAUGUUCAUAUUGGAUUGGUUCUAGAGAACGGAUAAAAGGUCAAAUGGUUGUAUAUAACGAUUAUCCAGAAAUUCAAGAUAUGGGAUUUAAAUCAAAUAAUGGAAAGAGUAUUGGAAUGAUCUUACCGCAGACUUUAACAAUGGGGACGAUCACUCGUCGCGCCGUGGAAAAAACAUGGAUGACAGCAAGCAAUACAAAGGAGAAUCGUAUCGGUUCCGAACUUAAAACGAAAAUUCAAGCUCCAAAAGGAUAUAAAAUUGUUGGUGCAGACGUCGACUCCGAAGAAUUAUGGAUAGCUAGUUUGAUUGGUGAUUCACAAUUUGGAUUCCAUGGUGCAACUGCUUUGGGAUGGAUGACACUUCAAGGAAACAAGGUGGCCGGAACAGAUUUACAUUCAAGAACUGCAAAGAUUUUGAAAAUUUCGCGGUCAGAUGCGAAAGUAUUCAAUUAUGGUAGGAUAUAUGGUGCAGGGCUUAAAUUUUCUGCACAAUUACUUAGACAAUUUAAUGAGAACAUUGAAGAAAGUGAAGCUAUUGCACGGGUAGCCGAAUUAUACAGCCAGACUAAAGGCAAAAAAUUCUUCACUAAAAAUAUUAAUGUUAAUGAUUUUCCUAGAAAGACGUUUUGGUACGGUGGUAGUGAAAGCUAUAUGUUUAAUAGUCUUGAAGAGAUUGCAACUGCUGAGACACCUCGAACACCAGUUCUUAAAUGUGGCAUAACUGACGCAUUAAAGAGAAAGGUGGUCGACGAAAACUAUAUGACAUCACGAGUUAAUUGGGUUAUACAAUCAUCAGGGGUUGAUUACCUUCAUUUGCUUCUAGUCUCCAUGCAGUAUUUAUUGAAAAAAUAUAAGAUAGAUGGGCGUUUUAUGCUAUCAGUUCAUGAUGAGGUAAGGUUUCUUGUAAAAGAAAGUGACACGUAUCGAGCAGCAUUGGCACUUCAAAUCAGCAAUUUAUGGACAAGAACGAUGUUUAGUUACAUGUUGGGAAUCAAUGAUUUACCAUUGUCCGUUGGUUUCUUUUCGGCUGUUGACAUUGACCACGUUCUUCGCAAAGAAGUUGAAAUGAAUUGUAAAACACUUUCGAACAAUAUUGAGAUAGAGAAAGGUAGGAGCGUAACAAUUCAUGAACUUCUUAAAUAUCAACGAUUAUUAAAGUUCGAUGAGACCAGCCAGGACAAUUACUACGAUGAUGAUAUACAAGAGCCAAAUAUACCGAACGACUUAUUGAUUCCACAUUCAAUACCGGAUAAUGAUUUCUUUUUAUGCAUUCAAU